CAUAUAAAAGGCAGGCAGGGUGGCUAGUACGCAUCGAGUGUCUUCCAAACAGAGCUUAAGAUGAAGGACAACAGAACCUUUUGGCUGGCUUUCAUUUCGCUGGCCCUCCAGCUCUCGGUAUCCUUGGCGAUGCCCUACGUGAAACCGGCCGAUGUAGCGCCUUACAAAGUGAUAAAAAAGACCGAGCACUAUGAGAUCCGAUCAUACCUUCCAACGAAGUGGGCCUGCUACGACUACAAAGGAGCUGAGUUCACCAAGCGAAAUCAGGCAAUGUCCUUCCUAACCAUCUACGGAUACAUCAAUGGUGAAAACUCAGCAGGUGUCAACAUCACGCUGGCUAGCCCGACGACGGUGAGAACCGUGUUCUCAGCCAACAACCCUGCAGAAAACCUGUAUCAGAUGUGUAUGUUCCUUCCCAAGAUGUACCAGGAUAAUCCUCCACAGCCUCUGGACAAAGACGUCUUCAUCCAGAAUCGCAACAAACUCACUGUUGCUGUCAUGCAAUUCAGCCACUUAAUGUUGAAAGAGAACGAAUGGGAGGUUCAGAUGGAGAUACUCAAAAAUCACCUGAGGGCUGCCAACGAACCAGGAAUGGACUUCGAUGACAUCUACGGGGCCUCCUUCGACCCACCAUUCGACGCGAACGGUAGACCCAACGAGGUGUGGGUCGUGAAGAAGGAGUAAGAAGAACAGCGUCUCCCGAAAGCAGCCACCUUGAGGUACACCGCUGACGCGAGAAGCUGAAAAGGGAAAAGGAACGAUAGAUAGAACUAGCCCUCGGAAGCAUCCAUUUGACCAGAAUCUUUAAAAGCACAUUUUGUCUAUUCUUUUCGAAAUAUGUAUCAGACUUAUCCUUUCGAGCCCACAUUGAUUAUUAUCGGUUGUUAGUCUCCUACAAAACUUCAAAGUUAUGUACAAAUCAUUCAUUAUGGUUAAGGUCUAUAGCGCAAAAUUGUUUUUUUUUUCUGUUGUGUCUUCUGUGUCUUAGUAAAAAUAAAGCAGUAAUUGUUCAA